AUGGCGACACAGAUCCUUGUAGAGGAAUGUCCUGGAGCAGAAGAGUCUGUGUCUGCUGCACUGAAGGACAUGGCAUUGAUUUUAUUUCCAAGGACUCAGGAAGAGCCGGCCCUGGCGACACCGUGUUUGGACUGCAGCCUCCAGAGCUGUCAGAGAAUAGAGCUCUGUUGUAAUUUAAAUGAAUAUGUUGAAGCAUUAAUUACCUUGAAGCAAAAAAUUAUUAAUACAGAUAAUUUGUUAACAGAGUAUCAGAAGAAAUGUGAUGAGCUGCAGUUUGCCAGAAGAGAGAAUAGCACUCUUCAUCAUCAAGUGGAACAGAUGCUUCAAAAAAUUUCUCCUCUGCAGAAAUGUCAGGAAGAACUGGGAUCUCUAAGAGCUGAGCUAGAAGAGAAAAAGAGUUCUCUAAAGUUGUAUCAGGACACUCAUCAGGAAUAUGCUCGUGUAAAAGAAGAAUGCUUGAAAACUGAUGCUCAGAAGAAGAAACUAGAAGCCAAGGUGAAGAAACUAGAAGAGGCUGCUGUCAAGCAAACUCAGGACUUCAAGCAACUAAAGAAUGAAAAGAAAAUUCUUGAAAAGGAAUUUAAGAAGACACAGGAAAGGCUUGACGAAUAUUCUAAACAGAAAACUGAAAAGGAGUUGAGACACAUUGGAACACAAAUUUCAAGUGAUUCUUACGGAAGCAUAGAUAGAAGAAAAGUAAAACUACUUCUGAAGGAACUCUGGCUGUGUAUAAACUCAUCACACAGAGUACCUGGUGAAAGCAGCAGAUGUGUCCCAGCAAAACCUGUCCAGGAAAAGCCCAGAUCCAUAGAGUCCAGCGAGGAUGGUGUGCCCACUCGGGUAGGAGGCAGUCCCCUCAGAGCCUCUGCUGUGCAGACAUGUCUGGCAGAGCUGUCCAUGGAGGUAGAGGGUGACACCUCUGCGUGUGAAAACGUGGGAAAAGAGAGGCCCAGUGGAGCAGCCCACCGUAAUGAGGAGCAGCAUCCUGAGGUGUUAAUGCAGAGAAAUGAGGAGGACAGUACUGACUUUUCUGAUCACGAUCACUCUUUUGAUGAAGACCUUCAAGCUGCAGUUGACUUCUUCAAACUUCCCCCCCCUCUUUUGUCUCCAGUGCCGUCACCCCCUCUGGGGUCCUUAUCACACCGGGGCACCUUACCUUCUUCACUUGCACCUGAAACCUACUUUGGAGAGUAUACAGAUUCCAGUGAUAAUGAUUCCAUCCAUCAUGGAAAUUCUGCUGAGUCUCUUUCAGAAGAUGAUACACCUGAGGCACAGGAUUGUUUCAGCUCAUCCAGAAAAAAUAAAGGAAGUGAUACAUGGGAGGAAAAGUCCAAAUCACAUGAAGCCACCCAAGCUCUAGACACAUUGGAAGUAAAUGAGGUGGCAGCUGUUGGGGUUGGGGCAUUUACAGCAUCACCGAGAGAACCUCCAGCCACAUUCUCCUUAGCUGGUGAGAAACACUGGGCAGUGUCAUCUCAAUUCAUGAGUAGUAGAAAAAGAGACAUUUUAGGUGAGGCAAAAAGACAAAGAGAGGUUAGGGAGAUGGAUAAGUCAGUGCAAACUGAGGAAACACUUUGUAAACCCCCCGAAAGUGUGAGUGUUGAGAAGGUGUCUGGAGGCCUAGCACAAGGGAAGGAGGCAGCCCUCGGGAAGCCAGACAUGUGUUAUUCACCCCUUGGCAAGAGACCACUAAGUGAACUCUCGGGAUCUGAAGGAAAAACCUCAUUGUCCAGAAUGAUAGGAUCAUCCAAAUCAGACUUUACUAAGUGGACACCAACUAAUGAAAUCACUUGUGAAUCAGAUGGUAUAUCUGACCAUCUUCAGGGAAUAUCUAGAGAAUUAGAAAGGGAAAGAGAAGAUACGCAAAGGUUUGUUUUAGGAGAAUCAUCUGAACCUGAAGAAGAUGCAGGUGAUGUAAUGGGUGCAACAGAGCUUGAUGUUGAAGCCAAAUUCUCUUCCUCGUCUACCUCGGGAGCGUUGUCUGUCUACAGUAGUCCCCAGUUUUCCUCUGGGUUGAAGUGUGGUCAUGAUACUCAUGUUCCUACUGAAGUAGUCCCUACUGAAGUGUGUCACUCAGAACAAAAGUUACAAGCUAGAACUUCAAACAUGUCAGGUCUGCAGUCUGAGCCAACAGAGUGUUCCACAGGAGCAAACGACCCAGAGGAUAGCUUGCAUGCUCUGAACCCUGAAUUGGGAGCAUCUGAUUUUCAUGAUCAGAGUAGCAGUGGGAUAGAAUGUACAAAAGUUCUGAAAGGUAUGACCAAAGUGUGUGCUCUUCCUCAGUCAGUAUUUAUGAAAGCCAUGAAAGGUGGACAGUGUGAAAGCCAAGGUCCAGGAGUUGAGCUCACAUCAACUCAGUCAGAUUUCACAGAGUUAGUAGAGGCUCAGUCUAGCUUGAUCAAGAGUGUUUUUGUUAAAAGCACUUCUUGGCACCAUAGUGAUCUGUUAAGGAGAAGUGGUGAAGAAAGGCUGAGAGCUAAAUCAGAACAUCAACAAGAGACCAACCAACAGUUACAAAAGGCUGUGCUAUCCUUAGAAAAUAGAGAGUCAGCAUCAUUGUUGCCUAACCAAGUAUCAGUUAUCACCAAGCAGGCCAGGCCUGAGACAAUACAGAGUGCUAGAUUGGAACUGUUGAGACUACAUAGGAAUGAGUCUGCCUCAGCAACAGAAAAUGUUGAUAAUGUGUCAUCUGUAGCAAGAUGUGGAGAAAGAGAGGACACAACAAAGAACAUCAAGGAGGUGGCUGCUACAAAAAGAACUUCACCAGAAAGUUCCACCUCUUGGAGAAAAUUAGAUUUCAGUUCUCCAAGUGGUUCUUUACCAGUAGAAACUUCUCAUUGUUCCACAAAUAGUAAAUUAUCUUUAUUUUCUGAAAAUAUCCCAGUCCCAAACCAAAACAUGGAAGCUGCAGUGCAGGCAGAACUGCAGGAACAGCAUCCAUGUCUAAAUGCCACAGAUCUGGACUCAUCUAGGAUGGGUGCAGACAAACUUGCUCCAGCCACAGAAGUGACAGCAUCAGGAGGUUUUCCCGUUGAAGAAAUAUCUUUUGGAGACACAGUUAGAUCUGGUGGUGAAACCCUGGCCAUUUCAAAGGACUCUCCUAGUGUAGAGCAAAGCCUGGAGGAGCCUUUGGAGCAGCCAUCACCAGCUCCUGGCGGUGCUUCUCCUGAUGGUACUGGCACCACAGGCACUGCAUUUUUACCAGUGAUGGGCAGAAAAGAUGAAGAAACUCAUGAUGCCCCCCCAAGUCGUUUUCCUGGUCCUCUGUACUGUUACACAGGCAUUCGGGAGGUGGGGGGUGGUGACACUGAGGUGGAGGAGAGUGAGGCCCCUAGCUGCAGUGAGGGUGAAAACGAGCCUGAAGUCUUGACAGGUAACCAGCAGCAGGAUGCUGCGGAGGCCGGCAGGAGAGAGGUGGGAGCUGCGGAUGCUGGUGCCGCCGAGACGAGGCCUUCCAUGGAGGUGGGCUGUCUGACCUCAGCACUGCGGGACUUCAACAUCAGUACUCUCUCUGAGAUAGACAGACUUUCUACGUCAGAGGUCGUUAUGUUUCUUGAAAGUUGUCAAUUGAAAGAUUAUAGUUCAGGGGACUCUGUUCCUGAAUAUUCUAGCAAAGAAACCCUAAACAAAGAAGUGAACACAGAAUUAAAGCAAAGUGAAAUGUCAGGAGAAAGAAAGCAGCUCUGUGAAGAAGAAACGCUCAGAACCUGUGAAGAGUGGAUUGGCUCGGAGGAAGAUGACUGUCCUUUAAGGGAUGCAGGUCAGCUCACUCAGUGUUCUUUGGAAACGCUGUCUGAGGUGCUCACCAAGAUUGGGCAGGAACUUCAGUCCAACUACGAGGACUCGGAUGGCAAAGAUGCUAGUAAUUUACUGCUCUUCAGUAUACAUGACAGCCUAACCGAAGAACACAUGAAGGAACAAGUCUCACCUCAGCAAACAAGCGCCUCCUCAUUGCACCCUUCAGAUUCACCGCCGUCAGCAGCCGGUUUGGACGCUAAGGGCAGUUCUCCCACUAGUGGGGCAUCUAUCGAAAACACUCAAGACAGACCUGAGGGUAACUCAGAGGUGACCAGGCUGAUCGACAGUGGGGAUGAGCUCUUGUCACAACUAGCGGAGCCCCCAACCCAGGGUUCUGACUCAGGAGACGGGCAGACAGCCGAGCACAGUACUGGUUGUGAGGCAGAAAGGACAUUUCAGUGUCAGAUAUCUACAGUGACUUCUGAAGUUAUAAAUGUGCUAAUAAAUAAGGACCAAAAUGUAGUCAUUGAAAAGGGGGACAACUGGACCAUCAUAAAUGCGGUACCACUCAUGCCAAAUGUGGACCAGGUUAUCCUGUGUGACACCCCAGGAGAAAUCCCUGCUUCUCCAGAUGGAGGAGGGCCGGGAGCUGGUUUCAUUUCUGUAACUUCUAUGGAGAAGUCCCCAGAGACCAGCCACCCUGGCUCUCCAUUUCAGGAGCCCCCAUGUGACAGUAAUCUUCCAUGCACCCAAGAGGAUAUUUCCAGCAGUGGUCAGAGUUCCAACUUUGAUAAAAGUCGUUUGCGGAAUAGACCUGUUAAACCUAGCAUAAGGAUUAGUUCUGAAAUUUAUGAUCAAAUCUUUGAGUCUCAGAUUGUUGCAUCUGAUCACACAUAUUAUAACUCAAAACUGGAGCCAUUUGGCAAAAACAAGAGCCGAUCGAAGAUUUCAAACAAAGAUCAGUCAUACAAACCUAUAAAGACUUCAGUACCGGGCAGAGCUGAAACUAAUCCAGAUGAAAUUUCUCAGUCAUCUUUGGGGGACAGAGGUAACACAAAAACCCAGAGACCUCAGACUCAGACCAUUCUGGCCAAUGCUGACACCUCUACCCCUACAGAUUGUUCUGCUGACACUCUGAAUAAAAUACGUCAGGAGGUGGGGCCCCCUUUGCCACCCCUGCUUGCUCCUUUGAUUGCCACGCCUCCAAGGACUUCACACCCAGUUUCUCCUCUGAUAUCAAGUUCCAGUCCCUCCUCACCCACCUCUCCUGUUGGCCAGCUUUCUCCAUUGUGUGAGAUCCCAAUGCCACCCAUGAUGUCUCCUUUGCUGGAAGAUCCGGGGCGUGCCUCCCCUUCGUGCACAUCUCCAUCCCCGUCAGCUGUACCCGCAGGGGAGAGGAUAUUGUCAUCUCCUUUGCAGUUUUGUGCCGCCACCCCAAAGCAUGCCCUUCCCGUGCCCGGCAGACUGCCCCCCUGUGCAUCAACUCACACUGCUGUGGCUGGGCCCCAGGAGAAUUCUGUUAAAAUCCUUGACACCAUGUACCCAGAGUUAUCUGCCAGGGCCCGCACUCUCAACAUCCUCAAAGGGAAUAUUCAGCUCUCGCGAGGUUCAGCUGCUGACCGUCAGAAUUUACCAGGACCAGUCAGUGCUAUAACAGGCUUCAAAGCAAUCGCUUCCAUGUCAACCGCCUUUGUCAAAACGGGGGGCAGCUCUGGUGGUGACUGUAACCAGGAUAAGUCAAGGGACUUGGGGACUCAGCAGGAUUCAGGUGGGAAAAGGACAUUGUCAGCGUGUACACUGAGGAGUGCUAAAAGAUUGCGCCUGGACAGCGGGUCCCCAGAACCAGAAACCAGGAGUGCCACUCCUGAAGGCGUCAACAAACACCCCGGCAGGAACCUCCCUCAGGCUGAAGUUGCAGCAACAGAUGAGGAACCAAGUUCUGUUCCGGCUGCCAGUACAGUUUCACAGUUGUCUCUGAAUCCCAAAGAAACUGUGGAGUCCCAUGAUAAAGCCAUAGCCGAUGCCCUGAAAAAGAUUGCAGAGUCCUCCUUUGACCUGUUGCCUGUCAUUCGGAGUCACGUAUAUGUGGGAAAUAUCUCCAAAAAGCCUGUAAUGAGAGAUCAAGAGAAAGAAGUUGUCUAUGACUUCAGCACAACAAAGAAGCAUUUAGCAGAGUGCUUACUUCACUCUAUUCUCUCAGAACUAAAACUUCAGAAGACAUCUCUCGAACACAAUUACAUUCACGCGCUCUGCAGAGUGUAUGUGGGUAUUUGUCGGCAACUUGGAGAUGUGGAAAGAGCUCGCUUGUUCUGCUACAGCCUACUUAAGGAAGAUUUUCCAGAGUCAGAAAAAUUGACUUUGUUCAUUGCAAACAUGUGGCAUGAUAUAUUUAUCUCUCAAUCGGUGAUUAAUAAAGCAAUGCAGCUAGUUGCCAGGCAACGUGCUAAAGGAGAAGUUCUGAACUGUUUAAGAGCUUUUCUCAAUUGGGAAAAGAAUGCUCCUGCAGAUGUUGGCUUCAUGGUUUCUAAGCUGCUUUUGACCAUACAGUUAUGUCCAAAAACAGAAUUUCAGCCCAGUGAAAAAUUUGGUGAAGACCUAAGUGAUAACACUUGGGAGUACAUAUUUGCCAUUGAUCUGCUCUGCUGCCAUCAGAAAUGGGUUUGGACACAUGAUAACAUUAUAAGUAAGGAACUAUGGCCUGUAAUGGAUAAGUGGAUAAAAUACAGAAAAGGACAUGCGAACAUUGCGUAUAUUCCUGACAUUAUUAUAGCAUCGAUACUGAGGCUGAUCGGUCGUUUAGGCCAGUUGGGCUUGAAGGAAGGGUUUCCAUCUGCUGUGAAAAACAUUAGUUCGGUUAUUGGUAUGUUCAUCCAGCAUGCCCAGGACGAAGAUAUACCAUGGGGUAUACAGCUAGCAGCCGUGUAUGCUCUUUGUGACUUGAGUCCCAGCAAUCCAGCGGAAAUAUCCAAGAUCCUGGAAGCGUGGCGCAAGGAGACCUCUCACAGCGUUCCCUCGGCAGUGGUCAGCUCCCUGGAGGAAGUCAGUGCACUGUGCGCGGAGGAACUUGGCUAAGCCCCGCUGCACUGCACCUAGAGAAGUGCCUUCACCUAUCUUGAGUAUAAACAGGUUAAUCGCCUUUCAGAAUGCAAACAGGUUUCACAGAGAAGACGCAAAUGAGAAAAUGGGAAGAGGCUCUCCUCACUGUGCGGCAAGGAGAAGUACUCAGCGGCACAGCUGUGUUUCCCUAAACCACACUUACAUCACUUAAGGCCGUCGUGACUACGUGACCUAUGGAUUGUAUUAUUGUGUCUUGGUCAGACAACAAAAACUUGAACUUAGCCCUUUUUGCUGCAGAAAGUGCCCUUUUAGUCGCUUUUUAAAAUUGAGUGGCAUUUUAUAAUGAAUUUAAUAUGAAAGCAUUGAUUUGGUUCCUGAGCUAAUUCUGGCCUUUGUGCUCAAAGGACUGAGUAGGAAAAACUAAAUUGGCUAAAAAAGAACUAGAAGACUCUUCACUGUCUUAGCUGGAAAUGGGCUAUAGAAGUUUUCUCACGGUAUAGUGCACAACUGAUCCGAGUAAAACACAGGGAGCCUCUAGAAACUCACCUUCAUGCGUUUUCUUCACAAGAGUUCCUUAACUAAAGUUCCUUUAGCUAUUUAACUAUCAGGAAGAGGAGACUGAGAAGAAGAAGUCCACUGCAGGUUCUGUGUCAACGGCGUAUACAUACGGAUUCAGAGACCGGCACGGCAGGCAGAGCUCUUGGCCGUGUACGUUCGGACAAUGUGAUAAUGUGUGUCACAUUCGAUGAUGUUCCGCUUUCGGAAUUUUAGUAUUUGUACAGAGAAAAUGGGUUUAAUAACUCACCGUGGUUCUGAUUUGUCUUAUAUCCAUCAUUUCUUAAAUCUCUUGUAUGUGUUUUUUAUAAUAAAAAAUAAAAGUAAGCCAUGUACAUUAUUGUUCUGAUGAGUGAAGAUGACGGCCAUUCCUAAAGACCCCCUUCUGGAUAGAAACGUGCUGCUGUGCCGUGUUUCUCCGUCAGCGUGUUCUCCGCAAUGCUCUUAGUGAUAGCACACCAGCUGACUCAGUGUUGAUUGGCCUCACGAUGGAUGUGUUUGUUCAAUUACAAUUGCUGCCCUUUACAAAUUACACUUGACAAGUGUUUUACUCUUCUGUGUUUUUUUAAGUAAGUAUAACAACAGAUUUAUGAACAACUCUUUGUAGCCCUUUGGAAGCUUUUGUUUGGUGCAUUCAUUUUUCUGCCAGUACUUAUUUGAGCAUGUGCUCUGUGCUGGUGCCUCACUGGGAGCAUCAAGGGAACAGGCAGUGAAGAACAGCUACUCAAAGACCUGUGAUCUAGUGGUAGAGCAGUCACCUCAGGAAGUCAACAGUUGAAAAUUUUGGUGAGUUCAGUGAUAAAAAUGAGGUUUGCAGUAAAAUGGCAGGUAGACUCUGCACUUUCUAGGUGUUGUUCCAGGAGGAUCCCUCUGAGAAGGUAACACUUAUGGCAGGACCUGAGAGAAAGGAGCCAGCCUUGAAAGUAGGGGACAUGUGUCUCUUCUGGAAAGGUGAGUGUGGCUCGGAGAGGGAAAGAGCCUUUGUGUGCAGAAAGGAGGCUGAUCUAGCCAGACAUACUGUUUAAGGGACAAGUUUCAUUUGUCCAUUUAUACAGGUAACUGCCAGUCCCUGGGACUUGGGCAGAGAUGUCACAUGAGAUUAUAAUUCCCUGGGCUGUUCUGUGGCAGAGGGGUGUGAGAAGGGCAAGAGGUGAAGCAGAGGGACCUGUCCGGGGGUAAGGGAGAGAUUAUGGUGGUAGAUGGUUUUCAGCAUCUUCUUGAGGUGUAAUCAAUGCUAAGUUCCUGAACUUGGGUGAGGGACAGGUAAGAAUCAAGGUUUAAGGUUACUGAGUUGGGUUCCUGUGGGUGGGGACAGGUGCACAAGUUGUUAGGAAUCACAAAUCCUGGGUGCUGGCUUGGGACGGGGGGCAUCAUAAGACAAGUGGAGGUGGCAGGGAGCCUUUACAGGACAGUCUGGAGUUCAGACAGAAUAGGGCAGAAGUUAGGAAGCUGUGUAUGGAGGCUGUUUAAAGCUAUGUGUGUGCGCACGUGUGUGUGUGCUUGUGUGGGUGCGUGUGUGUUCACCUAAGGAGAAAAAUAACAUGGCAGGGGGCGGAGGAGGAAACACCUGUAGGGCAGGAGGUGGGAGUGGUGUAGUGCCUUGGUGACUGUCUCCUUGCCGGAGCCAGGAAGGCAGGCGUCGGCCAUCUGUGCUUGUUGAAGCUGCAGGGUCAGGUGAGCCAGCCAGGUGAUGGCUGCAUUUUGCGUCCUGUGGGUGUGGAGCCUUCUGAGCAGUUCCCACAGAACAGUGGGCUUAGGGUGAUACAAAGUGAAGAGACGAGCAGGUCUGCAGGUGUGUGUUUUGGAAAAUUUGCCUAGUGGAUGGAUUUGUCAGAAAUGUUCAGAACACUUUUUUUUAAAACAUCAUCUGUUUUUUGGUGGAGAAUAGGUAACACCUGACACUUUCUGCUGGUUGCCAUUUUCCUGACCAUUUGGUGUGUGGAGUUUGUCAGUAUCUGCUCCGUGUGUGACCUGAUGAUAAAUAGGCCUGAACUUGCCUUUGGUGCUGUUUCACCCUCAGAGGAUGAAGCAGUUUUAAGCUGUUAAUAAAUUUAAUUUCUGGUAUUCAAUCAAAA